CUGGAUCAUUUUUCAAUCUCUGAUUUCAAUUGUCAAAUUGGUUAGGGCGAAUAUACUCAAAUGCAUCCUGAACUGCCGGAUGUAUAUGGCAUACCACCCGAUCUGAACAUACGUCACGGCAUGCGCAUCUACUUGUUGAGUGCGGUCUUUGCCGCAGUUGCGCUACUCCAGUGGAUCAUAAUUGGAUACUUCUCGGACUGGCGCAAGCAUAAAGUGCCGCCGGUAAGAUAUGGGUUUUGGCUAAUGGGCACAUUUUUUGGUAUUUGCGUGCUAUCCUGUACGCCAUUUGGACGCAAGUUCCCCUGGAAUAUGGCCCUAGUUUUGCUCAUCGUGGAGACCUCGACCCUAUACAUUGCCGUGGAGCAGCAAAACACUAAGGGAGUGCUCGUUAAUCUGUAUGCGGGCCUUAUUGUGGUUUUCGUGGUGGUCACCUCCAUUUUCUAUGGAGCUUACUUUCCAAUGCGUAUGGUGCCUGGCGACCUGAUGCUCAGCCUCGGCGUUGCUCUCUCAAAUAUAAUGCUGAUCAUAUUCUUUCUCAAUGCCUACGUGUUCGAGACCAGCGCCAUAUACACAGUUGUACGCAAUUAUUUUGCUAUCACUGCUGUUACGAUGAUCAUGUACACGGCUACCAUAAUUCACGAUCGGCAGUUUGAUGUGCCCAAGAAUGAGUAUAUCUUUCUGAGUGUUUUGCUGUUCUUCGGCCAAAUGAUACUCCACGAGCGCAUCCUGGCGCUUUCCUCGACUCAUAAUGAAUCUUUAGAUUGUGCAAAAAUAGGAAAAGCCCUGGCAGCCUAAAAGCCGUAUAUAUUCCAAAUGCUUAGCUCGAACUAUGUAAACAAAUUGCGAAACAUCUCUACUUUGUUCGGGGAAGUCAUACUCUGUGGGAACUUCCCUGGCGGUAGAGCUAUGUAUGCUUAGGAAUAUAGUAAAUGUAUUAUCCUUGAAAAAUAUUUGGGAUCGUCUUUGAAGAAUUGUUGUGCGUAGUUUAAGAAAUGUUUUCAAACUUUCAUAACUUGGUACAUUAAUAAACUCAAUUCAAUUCUUUGGAAUUUGGAAGAAAGCCCAAUCCACAUUCAAA